AUGUCUCUUCAGAACGUGUGGCAUCUCCGGCGAGUGGCGGACACCGCUUCGAAGGCAUGCUACAUAUGCUAUAAGCCAUCAACAAGCGUUCUGAUAACGCCAGACAACAAAAAACCAAAGGACUUUUUCUACGUGUGUCCUUCGCAUCUCAAAGAUCGAGGGUUCUGCUCGCCAAUCAUUGAUGCAGAAGAAGAUGCUAAGAAAAAGAAAGAUGAGGAAUUGGCGCGGGAGAUUGAACAGGUAAAACAAGAAUACGAAGAAAAACAAAAGAGGAAAAAGGAGAAAAAGAAAGAAAAGAAAGAAAAGAAAGAAGAAGAAGAUGAAGAUAAAGAAUCUAAAAAGUCCGAGAAAGAGGACGACAGAAAGGCGGAGCAGGAAAAGAAUAAUAAGAUUGAGGAACUCCAGAAAAAAGCAGAGCAUAAAGCUGAUGACUUCCCUCGCAUAUUUACACUGCAUAAAAACUUUUACCAGAUGCGUAUCAAUCGCAUACGCAGCAUAGACCUUGCCAAGAGAAAUGCAGAACGUAUGAAAGACCCGGCAUUGUUUCCAUCUGUUCCCAAGGGAGAUAUUUAG